AUGUCAACGGAGCCCCUUUUACCAUCUUAUGCCUCUGCAACUCAGCAUGAUGCCACUCCGCAUGUCAGACGCCAUUCUGCUCGUCGACGGACUUCCCUCAUCAUUCCAGCGGCUCCCGUCAUCCAAACCUUGAGUGGGCUCACAUUCAUGACAACGGCGAUCAUCUCCACCGUCUGGGCUUACCGAAGCUAUGUACCUCCCCCAGAGCUGUCCCCUGCAGAGCCGCCUUCGUUACUCCCAUAUUUCGCAUCCCUAUGCCUCACUAUUUCGCUCGGCUUCUGGGUCGGAUAUUUACUGUUCAUCCUAUAUGAUGGAGCCGGCGGGCCAAGAAUGCAACGAAAAGUCGUCAUCGGGGCAUCCACCGUGGGGAAGUUGGUUCUAGCGGGGGCUCAUAUAGGGGUUUGGAUGGGGUACAAAUAUCUGCUCACCGGCUCGAAGCAGCCCAGCUGGGCACUGAUGUUUCUGGCAACACAGGCAUGGUGGGAUGUUCUGCUGUUGGUGGUUUAUUCAUGUCUCAGAGCCCCAGUGGAACCACGAGUACGAUGCUAUGCCGGUUUGGGUAAGGGCGCGGUGCGGCCAGAGCCGGGCGCUUCCCAAACGGGUGCCCGAUUCCCUUCUGGUCCAUCUUUUAAGAAGCAGGCACUUGAUCUCAAUAACUACCUGUAUGGUUACUGCUUUGCGGAUUCCAAGCUGCGUGGUGUGAUUUACCAUAACCUUUACAAUCACGUCCCCAAACAUGCAAGCUAUACUUGA